AGUUUGGUUUGAGCCAUGGCCAAGUAUACGGUGGCCUUCCAGGGCGAGAAGGGCGCCUACAGCGAGCAGGCGGUCUAUGCGCUUCUGGGAAGGGAAGGUAUCCAAGCCUUCGGCUACCCAUCCUUUGAUGAUGCCUUUUCUGCGAUCAGCGAAAACAAAGUGGACUUGCUGAUGGUGCCCAUUGAGAACACGCUGGGUGGCACCAUCCACGCGAACUGCGAUCUGCAACUGCAGCACAACCUCUUCAUCAUCGCCGAGCAUAACCUGCGAAUACACCACAGCCUCCUGGCCUUGCCGGGUAGCAAGAAGGAGGAUUUGAAGAAGGUCAUCAGCCAUCCUCAGGCCUUGGCGCAGUGCAACUCCUACCUGAAGCGCCACGCGCUGCCCAGCGAGGCGGCCUACGACACCGCCGGCAGCGCCAAGCUCAUCUCCGAAGGCCAGCAGAAAGGCGUGGGGGCCAUCUGCAGCGAGCUGGCGGCGGAGUUCUUUGGCCUCGAUGUCCUGGAGAAGGGCAUCGAGGAUGACCAGAACAACUUCACGCGAUUUCUUCUGCUGAGAGGACAUCCAGUGACUAUACCGCCAGGUGUCCCUUGCAAGACCUCCAUCGUCUUCUCCUUGGAGAACAGCGCAGGUGCACUGUUCAAGGCGCUGUCGGUCUUUGCGCUGAGGGAAAUCGACCUGUCGAAGAUUGAAAGCCGGCCCUGCAAGACGGACAUCAUGUCCAAGCUGGAGCGCAUGUACUUGAGCAUGUCGGGCGCCGACACCUCCCGCCUGACCAAGAAGAUGAAGCUGACAGAUGACAAUCGCUUUAGAUACCUCUUCUAUGCUGACUUUCUGGCAUCUGUGGAUGCGCCGAACGUCGCCAAUGCCUUGCGACAUCUGCAAGAGAUGACCAACUUCUUUAGAGUGCUGGGCUCCUUCCCGAAAGGGGGCACGCUGGUUGGACUGCAACAUCUGGCGGACCGAAUCGCCGUACCAAUCUCCGCAUCCACGCCGCCAAAGAAGCGCAUCGGAGUAAUUGGCUUCGGGACCUUUGGGCAGUUCAUUGCAAAGAAGCUGGCGGCGGAGAAUGACGUCUUCGCCACGAGCCGCGAAAAUUACUCCCAGGUGGCGUCGCAUUGCAAUGUGACUUGGUGCGACUCCUUGGACAUGCUCUUGGACCAGAACCUGGAUGUGCUCAUCAUUUCGGUCAGCAUACUCAGUUUUGAGGGUAUGGUGAGGAGACUCUGCAACAGUCUGGCUGCCCGGGGCGCCGACCACGCGUCAAAGCGCAUGCUCAUCGUAGACGUGCUAUCCGUGAAGGUUCAUGCCAAAACGACCCUGCUGUCGUUGCUCCCGGACACAUGCGACAUUCUUUGCACGCACCCCAUGUUCGGCCCACAAAGUGGCAAGCAUGGCUGGGCUGGCCUGCCAUUCGUUUUCGAGCGCGUCAGGCUCACCAACGCAAGGAGAUGUGAAGAGUUCCUGAAAUGGUGGGAGAGGCAAGGAUGUCGUAUGGUGGACAUGACCUGCGAGCUGCACGACGAGACGGCCGCCGGCAGUCAGUUCGUCACGCACUUCACCGGCCGCAUUCUGGAGCGCCUGUCGCUGCGGCCCACGCCCAUCAACACCAAGGGCUUCGAGGGGUUGCUGACACUGGUGGAGAACACCACCAGGGACAGCUUCGACCUCUUCUUCGCGCUUUACAAGUUCAAUCCCAACAGUGCGGAGCAGUUGGCAGCCAUGGAGGAUGCUGUGAAGGAUGUGUCAGCACAGCUUCGUGAGAAGAAGUGAAGCCAAAGAGAGCACCUCGUAGCCAGUGGCCAUUUCAGAAGCAGCGGUUAUUCUUUUUCGUUUU